AUGGAGGAUGAAGCUGUCCUGGACAGAGGGGCUUCCUUCCUUAAGCAUGUGUGUGAUGAAGAAGAAGUAGAAGGCCACCACACCAUCUACAUCGGGGUCCAUGUGCCAAAGAGCUACAGGAGAAGGAGACGUCACAAGAGAAAGGCAGGGCACAGAGAAAAGAAGGAAAAGGAGAGAAUCUCUGAGAACUACUCUGACAAGUCCGACGUGGAGAACGCGGAUGAGUCCAGUAGCAGCAUCCUGAAGCCUCUCAUCUCUCCCGCCGCAGAACGCAUCCGAUUCAUCUUGGGCGAGGAGGAUGACAGUCCAGCACCCCCUCAGCUCUUCACGGAACUGGAUGAGCUGCUGGCCGUGGAUGGUCAGGAGAUGGAGUGGAAGGAGACAGCGAGGUGGAUUAAGUUUGAAGAAAAAGUGGAACAGGGUGGGGAGAGAUGGAGCAAGCCCCACGUGGCCACCUUGUCCCUUCAUAGCUUAUUUGAGCUGAGGACAUGUAUGGAGAAAGGAUCCAUCAUGCUGGACAGGGAGGCUUCUUCUCUCCCGCAGUUGGUGGAGAUGAUUGUUGACCAUCAGAUUGAGACAGGCCUAUUGAAACCUGACCUUAAGGAUAAGGUGACCUAUACUUUGCUCCGGAAGCACCGACAUCAAACCAAGAAAUCCAACCUUCGAUCCCUGGCUGACAUUGGGAAGACAGUCUCCAGUGCAAGUAGGAUGUUUACCAACCCUGAUAAUGGUAGCCCAGCCAUGACCCACAGGAAUCUGACUUCUUCCAGUCUGAAUGACAUCUCUGAUAAACCAGAGAAGGACCAGCUGAAGAAUAAGUUCAUGAAAAAACUGCCACGUGAUGCAGAAGCCUCCAACGUGCUUGUUGGCGAGGUCAACUUCUUAGAUUCUCCUUUCAUUGCCUUUGUUCGGCUGCAGCAGGCCGUCAUGCUGGGUGCCCUGACUGAGGUCCCUGUGCCCACAAGGUUCUUGUUCAUUCUCUUAGGUCCUAAGGGGAAAGCCAAGUCCUACCAUGAGAUUGGCAGAGCCAUCGCCACCUUGAUGUCUGACGAGGUGUUCCACGACAUCGCUUAUAAAGCAAAAGAUAGGCAGGACCUGAUUGCUGGCAUUGACGAGUUCCUAGAUGAAGUCAUUGUCCUUCCACCCGGGGAAUGGGAUCCAGCAAUCAGGAUAGAGCCCCCUAAGAGUCUUCCAUCAUCUGACAAAAGAAAGAAUAUGUACUCAGGUGGAGAAAAUGUUCAGAUGAACGGGGACACACCCCAUGAUGGAGGCCACGGAGGAGGAGGACAUGCAGAUUGUGAGGAAUUACAGCGCACUGGAAGGUUCUGUGGUGGACUAAUUAAGGACAUAAAGAGGAAAGCACCAUUUUUUGCCAGUGAUUUUUAUGAUGCUUUAAAUAUUCAGGCUCUUUCAGCAAUUCUCUUCAUUUAUCUGGCAACAGUAACUAAUGCUAUCACUUUUGGAGGACUGCUUGGGGAUGCCACUGACAACAUGCAGGGCGUGUUGGAGAGUUUCCUGGGCACCGCUGUCUCUGGAGCCGUCUUUUGCCUCUUCGCUGGUCAACCACUCACUAUUUUGAGCAGCACAGGACCUGUUCUAGUUUUUGAGAGGCUUCUAUUUAAUUUCAGCAAGGACCAUAAUUUUGACUACUUGGAGUUUCGCCUUUGGAUUGGCCUGUGGUCAGCCUUCAUGUGUCUCAUUUUGGUGGCCACUGAUGCCAGCUUCUUGGUUCAGUACUUCACUCGCUUCACUGAAGAGGGCUUCUCUUCUCUGAUUAGUUUCAUCUUUAUCUAUGAUGCUUUCAAGAAGAUGAUCAAGCUAGCUGAUUACUACCCCAUCAACUCCAACUUCAAAGUGGGCUACAAUACUCAAUUUUCCUGUGUUUGUAUGCCUCCCAACCCAGUUAAUAUCUCCAUGUCAAAUGAUACCACAUUGGCUCCUGAAGAUUUGCCAACUGUUUCUUCUACUGACGCGCACCAUAAUGCUACCUUUGACUGGGCAUUUCUGACGACGAAGGAGUGUUUGAAAUAUGGAGGAAAGCUCACGGGCAACAACUGUGGUUAUGUUCCUGAUAUCACUCUCAUGUCUUUCAUCCUUUUCUUGGGCACCUACACCUCUUCUAUGGCUCUGAAAAAAUUCAAAACUAGUCGUUAUUUUCCAACCACGGCAAGAAAACUGAUCAGUGACUUUGCCAUUAUCUUGUCCAUUCUCAUCUUUUGUGUAAUAGAUGCCCUGGUAGGUGUGGAUACUCCAAAACUGAUUGUGCCAAGUGAGUUCAAGCCAACAAGUCUAAACCGAGGUUGGUUUGUUCCACCAUUUGGAGGAAACCCCUGGUGGGUGUACCUUGCAGCUGCUAUACCUGCUCUGUUGGUCACCAUUCUCAUUUUCAUGGACCAGCAAAUCACAGCUGUGAUUGUAAACAGGAAAGAACAUAAACUCAAGAAAGGAGCUGGAUAUCACCUGGAUCUCUUUUGGGUGGCCAUCCUCAUGGUGGUGUGCUCCUUCAUGGCCCUUCCGUGGUACGUGGCUGCUACUGUCAUCUCCAUUGCUCACAUCGACAGUUUGAAGAUGGAGACAGAGACUUCUGCACCUGGAGAACAACCAAAAUUCCUAGGAGUGAGGGAACAAAGAGUCACUGGAACCCUUGUGUUUAUUCUGACUGGUCUGUCCGUCUUUAUGGCUCCCAUCUUGAAGUUUAUUCCCAUGCCUGUACUCUAUGGCGUGUUCCUGUAUAUGGGGGUAGCAUCUCUUAAUGGUGUGCAGUUCAUGGAUCGUCUGAAGCUGCUUCUGAUGCCCCUGAAGCAUCAGCCUGACUUUAUCUACCUGCGCCAUGUCCCCCUGCGCAGAGUCCACCUGUUCACUUUCCUGCAGGUGCUCUGUCUAGCCCUGCUCUGGAUCCUCAAGUCAACUGUGGCUGCUAUCAUUUUUCCAGUCAUGAUCUUGGCACUUGUAGCUGUCAGAAAAGGCAUGGACUACCUCUUCUCCCAGCACGACCUCAGCUUCCUCGAUGAUGUCAUUCCAGAAAAGGAUAAGAAAAAGAAGGAGGAUGAGAAGAAAAAGAAAAAGAAGAAGGGAAGUCUGGACAGUGACAAUGAUGAUUCUGACUGCCCAUACUCAGAAAAAGUUCCAAGUAUUAAAAUUCCAAUGGACAUCAUGGAACAGCAACCUUUCCUAAGUGAUAGCAAACCUUCCGACAGGGAAAAAUCACCAACAUUCCUUGAACGCCACACAUCAUGCUGAUAAAAUUCCUUUCCUUCAGUCACUCGGUAUGCCAAGUCCUUCUAGAACUCCAGUAAAAGUUGUGCCUCAAAUUAGAAUAGAACUUGAGCCU